AUGCACAGGCGCGUGAACUCGCUCCUGUCUUCUCUCUUGCCCAAGGAAACAACCACUGCAACAAUGUCUGCUCCGGGCAGUCCGACGAUGCUACCGCGAUGGGCCAAGGUCGACAAGUUCAGCUCGCUCUCGUCAACCCGCAAGAUGAUAUUCGCGGGUGCGGCAGCAGUGCUUACACUGUUCCUCGUUCUGACAUUGAGUCAAACACAAAGCUCUCCUUUACGAUCGCGGACCACUUCUCAUAGCGACCAACAUGAUCCGAUCGAUGAUGUUUUUAACAGCACUCUAGGGUUUCAAAAGAUUCUCGUAAUCAACAUGCCCUCACGAUCGGACCUUCGCGAUGCAAUGGCUCUGGCUGCAGGGUAUACAAAUCUUCAGGUCGAAUUCGUCGACGGCGUUAGCAUCAAGCCUGAGGACUUCAAUGAAAUGCUCCUCCCUGCAGAACAUCCAGAGAUUGAGAAGUACACAGACCAGUCGGACAUGAAGAAGCUGAAGGGAAGGCUGGGCAAUCUUGGUUCAUGGCGAGCACACAUGAACGCUAUCAGGACAAUCGUGGAGCAGAACUUGACCUCUGCCUUAAUAUUGGAGGCAGAUGUGGACUGGGAUAUCAGGAUUCACCAACAGAUAAAGGGCUUUGCACGAGCAUCGCGACUAUUGGUCCAGCCCGUGAAAGGCACAAAGGAUGCGUUCCUCGACCCUACCUAUCCAUAUGCGCAGGAAGGACAACAGUUCUCCGAGUUCGAGGUGGAUCGUCACGAGGUCAGCGCGCCUUCUACUUCGCCUUUUGGCGAUACCGAUCGAUGGGACAUGCUGUGGCUGGGCCACUGUGGUUUUCAGUUCCCUAACGCAGACAACCCCAACGUCCACGUACCGCUCGGUCGAGCAAUCAUCAACCACGACGAGACCGUCCCAGAGCCUCAGCACAUCCAGAGAGAAUGGGGUAGCAGCGACCUCACAGACCGCUACCCAGCCCACACACGCGUCGUUUCUCGAGCACGCAACAACGUCUGCAGCUUAGCCUACGCAUUCACUCAACAAGGGGCACGCAACGCGCUCUGGGAGCUGGGAUUGCGAAAGAUGAAUUCGGCUUUCGACAUCAUGCUACGAGAUACCUGCGACGGAACCUCGAACAGAAGUAUGAGCACAUGUCUCAGUGUCGUGCCACAGCUGUUUCAGCACCACAUGCCCGUAGGCAAGACUUUCUCAAAUAUUCACGGCCACGCUGGCGGGGCCAAUAAGAAAGCGUUCACGAACAACAUUAGAUGGAGUACGAAGAGCAAUCUCAAGAAGCUGGUAGUACACGAUACAGAUUACAUCGAUCUCUGGCCAGAUGCGGAAGACAAGAAGCCAGAGUAG